AUGCCGAACCAGCAGGAAGGUCCAGGACCAAACCUCUCCGGACCGCCUGGACCGUCUGGUCUGCAGCGGCCCGUCGAUGUGGAGGAGGACCGCGGUCUCGUAGGCUCCGUCGCCCGCGACGCCGCCAGAGCGAGACGAGCCUCCAGCGCUGAGCUCCACCUGCAGUGGACCUGCCCCGUCACCCACUCCAGGGAGAAGUUCUACACCGUCUGCUCCGAUUACGCUCUCCUCAACCAGGCCGCCUCCGUCUACUGUCCCCCGAACGCGGCCCGGGACGCCGGCCCAAACCCCCAGGACGAGGGUCCGUCUCUGGGGAAGACCAAAGCCUUGGUGGAUCUCGGAGCCGGCUGGUCUGGAGAGGCCCAUGUGGGCUCAGAUGGGGACUGUGACAUGGAGGAGGAGUCCUCAGGUCUCACUAAACCUAUUCUGGCCUGGGAGAUCGACACCACGGACUUCAACGCCGUGCUCAUGAGAAAAAUCAGAACAAGUAAUGUGAAGAAGAGCAGCACCAAGAAGAUGAAGUCUUCAGACCGGCCGAGCAGAAACCUGCAGGACGUUCCUCCUCACGCCACGCUGGAGGACGUCAAGCAGAGAAAAGUUCUGGACCUCAGGAGAUGGUACUGCAUCAGCCGGCCUCAGUACAAGACGUCAUGUGGGAUCUCUUCUCUGGUUUCCUGCUGGAACUUCCUCUACAGCACUCUGGGAGCAGGAAGCCUCCCCCCCAUCUCUCAGGAGGAGGCUCUGCAUAUUCUGGGUUUCCAGCCUCCUUUUGAAGAAAUCAAGUUCGGUCCAUUCACGGGGAACGCUACUCUGAUGCGCUGGUUCAGACAGAUCAAUGAGAACUUCCGUGUUCGAGGAUGUUCCUACAUUCUGUACAAACCACACGGGAAACACAAGACGGCCGGAGAGACGGCUGAAGGAGCGCUGAUGAAACUGACCCAGGGUCUGAAGGACGAGUCCAUGGCCUACAUCUACCACUGCCAGAACCACUACUUCUGCCCCGUGGGCUUCGAGGCCACGCCCCUCAGAGCGGCUAAGGCCUACAGGGGCCCUUUGCCCACUAAUGAGAUGGAGCACUGGAUCCUGAUCGGGGAGCCCAGCAGGAAACACCCCGCUAUCCACUGUAAAAAAUGGAUGGACAUCGUGACCGACCUCAACACACAAAACCCAGAAUACCUGGACAUCCGUCACACGGAGAGAGGGAUCCAACGCCGCAAGACCAAGAAGGUGGGGGGGAACCUGCACUGCAUCAUGGCCUUCCAGAGGGUCAACUGGCAGAAGCUCGGCCCCUGGGCUCUGAACCUGGAGAACCUUCGCCACGACUUCCACCACCAACACCACCACCAGGGCCCGGAGCGCACCGCCCAGGGGAGCGCCGCCGAGGAAGACGAGGUGAGGACGCCGUCCAAGCGUCUGGGCUUCCUGGGACGCUCCCACAGUACGGGGGGGCAGAAGGACGGCAGCUGGAAACGUCUGUCCAACACGACGGAGUACCGACAGAGGAGCUCCCCCGACAGCAACCUGGAGGAGGACGUCACGGACUGAAGAGAACGGGACCGGAGACACUAAAGGUCUGGUGGUACUCUACAUUUAUCUGCCAACAAAGACUCCUUGUUAGUCCGUCCAUCAGUAGAGAGGUGAAGUCCGUCCCCUCACAUCGUCCACCAGAGGACCUCAUAUCAGAAAACAUGAUACAGAAAACACGGAGAGACAAACAAUGUUUUGAUCCUGUUACAUGUGACGUUUGUAGAUUUAAAGAGGUCAUUUUGCACGUCAAGAAAGUUAAAGUUUGUUUUACUAACUUUUAGUUUUAGUGAACUUUAUAUCUCGUCUCACACAGUAUUCAUCACCAACACCAGCUGAGCUACGUUACACGUAGAGAUGUAACUUUAUCUCAAUGUUGUAAUGAAGUCAGAGCUUCAUGUGUUAAAGCUGCAUUCUCUCUGCUGUCCACCAGGGGGCGACUCCUCUGGUUGUAUAGAAGUCUAUGAGAAAAUGACUCUACUUCUCUCUUGAUUUAUUCCCUCAGUAAACAUUGUAAACAUGAGUUUAUGGUCUCAAUCUCUAGUUUCAAGUCUUCUUCAAUACAGCAUGAUGUUCAUUUAGUAAAUGAUGCUCCAUUUAGAGUCAAACAGACCAUAAAGCAGGGGAUGCUUUAGGGCGGGGCGUUGAACAAACCAAUGAGUCAUGUCACAACGACUACGUCCACUUCUUAUAUACAAACAGUAAGUGGUUAUGCCAUUCUUUUGAGUGUCGUUUUUUUUAAUUUAGUAGUUUCACAGUCACAUACUUCAACAGUUUCAAGG